AUGAUACCUGAGGAGAUUAGAUAUUUGAAACAUCUUCGAUAUCUGAUGAUAGAAAGAGUUACAUCAUGUCAUGCCACUAGGCUACCAAGAUCUCUAAGUAAUCUCUAUCACUUGCUAUACAUAAUCUAUGAUGGCUCAUGGAGGCUAAUUUAUCCUCAAGAUGGUGAUUUUUUACCAUGUGACAUUAGUAACCUUUCUAACUUGCGUUAUCUGGAAUUGCCCAAGACUUGUAUUUCAUCGAUUUGUGGGAUUGAGAAGCUAAAGUCUCUUCAAGAAUUGAAUAUGUUUGCUAUUAGAGAUGUGAGUGGUUAUAGAAUUGGGGAGCUAGAGAAUAUGAAUGAUCUUUGCAAAUUAGGAAUAAAUUGCCUUGAAAAUGUUAAGGAUGCCGAGGAGGCUCGUAGUGCCAAAUUAUGUGAAAAGAGGAGGCUCACAAAUUUGUACUUAAGUUGGAGUAGGGGGGCGGGUCUUACUGAUUCGAGGAACAACGAUUUAGCUGAGAACGUGCUCGACAACCUUCAGCCACCAAAAUGUCUAAGAAAUUUGCACAUAGCGUGGUACCCGGGUGCAAGGUAUGCAAAAUGGAUGAACAAUGUCAAUUCGAUCCUCAAUCUAGAGAAAAUCGAAUUGGAAUGCGGAAAGUGGGAAACUCUUCCUCCUUUUGGGCAACUUCGCUUCCUCAAGUCACUGAAACUUUUUGGCAUGCCGAAAGUAAAAUGGCUCGAAAGUAAAUUUAAUGGGAAUGAUAAAUACCGUGCUUUUCCAUUGCUAAAGGAGUUAUGGAUUGGAAGAUUAGAAGCAUUAGAGGAUUGGUUUGAGGCAGGAGUAGCUGCUGAAGACGGAUGUUUGUUUCCUUGCUUAACUGUACUGUGGCUGUAUAACUGCCCGAAGUUGAAAGAGUUGCCCACUUUACCUUCUGAGGUCGAGAGCUUGACGAUAGAUAACAAUAUGGAGUGGACGACUUUGAAUUUUCGUAGCAAUUCAAAUCCUAUUCCCCUUCAAACAUUAAAUAUCAUUGACUGUCCAAACAUUACAUCUAUUUCCCUUGAAAGAUUUGCAGCACUAAGAAAGUUGGAAAUUAGAAAGUGCCCCAAUCUGAUCUCUCUCGGAGAAAUGCAAACCAGUAAUAAUUGCCAUAUCAUGCUCAGCGAUCUUGAAAUAAGUGAUCCAUCGGUGUUGCUAAUGGAGCCAUUGAGAAGUAUCGCCUCCUUAAAAAGGCUUUGUGUAUGGCAGAAUGAUGGGCUGGUUUCAUUUCCAAAUGAGGCGGAGCAGUGGUUUCUCAAUGUUAGGUCUUCUCUUUCUAAGCUGCGCUUCCAAUAUCUCAAAUCCUUAGAGUCUCUCCCUUUCUCCUUGGAAAGCUUAUCUUCACUUCAGAGCCUAUAUAUUAAAGAUGUUUCUAUGCUUCGGGAAUUACCGAACCUUCCUCCCUCUUUGGAACGUCUAGGAAUACAUGGGAAAUGUCAUUCAGAGUUGAAGGAGCGCUAUCGAGAGGAUGGAGGCUCCGAUAGGCACAAGAUUGCUCACAUUCCUCAUAUCUCUAUUGAUCCCGAAAAAUAG